AUGGUGUCUCACUCGCUGGCGCUGCCGAUGAUCUGCUUCACCACGCUGUGGGGGCUGGUGGGGGUCGUGGCCCCCUUCCUGGUGCCCAAGGGACCCAACCGGGGCGUCAUCGUCACCAGUCUCAUCCUCACAGCCGUCUGCUGCUACCUGUUCUGGUUGGUCGCCAUCUUGGCUCAGGCCAACCCCCUGUUCGGCCCUCAGCUGAAGAAUGAAACGAUUUGGUAUCUGCGCUACUUCUGGGAGUAAAGGUCUGUGCGAUGUGACUCCUCCCAUCAUUCCUCACCCGCCUCCUCUAGUUCGGUGGAUUUGAUUUCAACAUGACUCCGGAACAUUCAGAACUCCGCUGCACUUCUCCAGUCCGCAAAACCCACGACAGAUUUCUCAUGUUUCGCAUUUUUUUUAAACAUCGAAUUUCCGCAUCAGGCUUCAACUUUGAGGAAUAUUAAGUAUAUGUGUAGCAUGGGUAAUUUAAGAUUCAGGCCACAUCCAAACUACUUUGUUUUUGUCGGACAACACAUCAUCUCUGUGACAGAAACGUCUGCUGUUCACGCGAAGUUUGGAAACGAUUUACAUUGAC